AAGGCGUGCCAGACUGAAUGAGCAGAGUGUGUUGAGACCGAAACAACACGAAAAAAAAUUUCCGCGAGCGCACUCGAACGGAGGAACCGUCCGGCCCAAGACCCGGGACACCUCGAUUCCUUCUUCCUUCUGCAAGGGCACCGACUCAACCCGCGAUGCAGGUCUCCAGUUCGCACUGUUAGCAGCCUGAAGACCACCCCCCGCACGCUGCUCUACUCUCCUCUUCACUCCCUGUAAAGACGGGUUCUUGUCUUGCAAACAAAGAAAUGAAUUCUACUUUUUUCAAUCAGACUGUUGUAGAGACAGGAUUGUACUCUGCCAAGGAACAUGGUCUGGGUACGGUUCUUGGAUGUUGUAACCAAAGCGCAGUGACUACUGACGGCUCCCUCAACCUCAAUCAAGAGGAGCAAAAACUCUUUAUUAUGAGAGUGGUGCAGAUCGCUGUACUCUGCGUGCUCUCAUUGACUGUCAUUUUCGGCAUUUUCUUUCUAGGUUGCAACUUAAUGAUCAAAUCCGAGAGCAUGAUCAACUUCCUGGUGAAAGACCGCCGACCCUCCAAGGAUGUAGAAGCUGUGAUAGUUGGCUUGUAUUAGGAGGAGCCCCGCUUCACCUUUUUUUUAAUGAUCAGUGAGCUGGUGCUGAUUGUACACUGUCCGCGGAGCACCUCCCCUGAGGCAGGGAGAGGGACCCGGGGCGGUGAGGUGGUACGGUUAAAGCACGGAUCGGUGGGUUUAAACAAAGAGGGAAACGGAAAAGAGUAAAAUGGUUGCACGUGGUAUAAAAAUCACAUUUUCUUAAAUAGAGUUUCUGGGGAAUUGUUGGAAUUUGCAGAUGGAUGUUUUAUGCCCUUGCUGAGCACGAGAGCAUUAUUUUGCAUGCAGAACCGGGUAAUAAUUAAAAUUUGCAUGAAAAUAUCACAUGUAUAAAGGAUCGGAAUGCGAUACUGGAGAUGGAGCGAGAGGAAAGCGCAAAUCUUACAGUUGGGGUCUAGAAACGAAUAUUGCAUGUGAAGGUAUCUGCCAAUCAUUCUUAAAAUGUAACAUGUAAUGUAUAGGAACUGACUCCGAACUGCGAACUAAAGAAAAAAAUUUAGAACAUUUUGUAAUAUAUUUUCUUGAGGGCCAGUUUUUAAUCGCAUGUUUUGUUUCCGCGAGUCCGGUCGGUGCCUGUUUAAUUCCCUCCUCUCUGUUUUUCUGUCUGGGCUGGUUGUUGGAAUUAAUUGUAGCAUGGUGUCUAUCGUUUCCUUAAAAAGCUCUUGGACUCCACUCGAUGUGACUCCGUUACACUGUACGACUUUUGAAGAUCAUUGUUUUUAACACUGUA